UGGUAACUGAUAGUGACUGAUAAGGCACGAUGGGGAACGGCAGCAAUUCAUCUAGUCAGUUCUGCGGAGUCGCCUUUUGAAAAUGCGCUAAAAAUUUUCCGCGGUUUUACAAUUGGGGACAACAGGCAGAAAAUUAGCUAAAAGCUGCUGUUGAUGGAGAAGAAAAGUGCAAAUGUGGCUAAAAUGGUGGAUGGAAGAGUUUUGCUGAAUCCUACAACAGCAGGAACAGCUUACGGUCAAAGGACCACAAAUGUCGCCUCGGUAUCUUUUAGCCCUACAGCAGGGCAUAGUUCCUACCCAGAAAAGGGCUUCCCCCCGGGCAGUGGGACAACAUCUCGACAGGGAAUCGUUAAUCCUGCCUUUGUGGGAAGCACUUCAGGCAUACGAUCAGAGAGUACACCAAGUGUCCAGGUGAUAAGGGAACAGUAUUGGACGUGCUUUGUGAAUUGGACACGCCGGGAACGAAUUCUUUUCCUGAUUGUUACCUUCCUCCUACUAAUAGUCUUGGCCCUGGUGCUGCUGGUGUCUCUCAUAAACAAGAAAGACGAACUCAACGCCACUCCACCUGGAUCGUGGUUCAGUUGGUCACUUUAGUGGAACAUUCUCAUGCGACAAUUGUGCACCAUUAGAAAUUAUUCGCAAAAAGUGGUUCCCCGAGAAUAUUCCAUUGCUAGAGUCUUCUCCAACCGGACCUAGAACGACGUCCACUUGUCAAUGACACAGAAUCAAGUGAAGAGUUUUUUGAGAGAGGAAAUUCUUUCCGACAGACUUCUACAGACAAGCAUUUUAUGACUAGCACCUGCUCUUUUAUCAAAGGGAAUAUAUUUUUAAUUUAUGUUCAGAAAUUGCGUUAUCUUAUUGAUACAGUCUUGUGAUCACAUUUAGUGAUUAUUGCUAUAUUUUAGAUACUUUUUUUUUAGUUUGUAAUGAAUACAAGUAGUUCUCUUGAGGUUCAAUUUUGUAAAUAAAUGUUACAAUUUGUACGUAUUAUGUAAAUAGUAUUCAGUUAAUAAAAAACUUUUGUAUUAUAAAAAAAUCAUAGAUUUAAAUUACUUGACCGUUUGAACACCAAAUAUAUAAAAGUGUACUUGAGAGAGAUUUAAAAAGAAAAAUCCAGGUAAAGAAUGAGUUGGAAUGAGUAGAACUUUGGAAAUGAAUAAAAUAUUAUUAAUAUGAAUUAUGAGAAAUUUCAUAUAACAUAUUAAUAUUAUAUAAGUAUGUGGGAAUUAAAUUUAAAGGCUUGAAAUACAAAAUAUAAUAUUCUUCAGAGUGUCUCGAAUUUUCCAAAGAGAGAGGACGUGUUUUAUAAGGCUUUAAGUAUGUAAGUGAGUUUUAACAUCAAAACCAUUAACGAAUAAAUUGUGAAUUAAG